AGAACCUACCUAGGAGAAAAUGCAUGAGUGCGCGCCAGCACGGCACAAGCGUGGCACAAGUACCUACCUGUCUAUCCAAAGAGACAGACAAACAGGCAAACGCGAAGCAAACACACACACAUCAUGCAUUCCAACCUACUCUACCCCACCACAACCACAAUCACACAGACAAAGACACAGACACAAAACCAGAGACACAGCCAGGCGCGAUCCCCCCAGCGGCAGCACAGCAACAGCAGCAACAACACCAACACACACACGACGCAGCGGCGACGCAGCGGCAGGUAGUCCAAAGGACGACCCAUCCAGCUAUCCAGCUAUCCAGCCAUCCAGCCAUCCAGCCAUCCAGUCAGUCAGCCAGCCAGAGACAACCCAAGCCAAGCCAACCCAACCCAACCCAACCCAGUUCAUAACAAGAAAAGAGCAAGCGCAAAAAGAACAAUAAAGGGAAGACAUGUACCGUAACUACUCUACCCCUACCGCAAGCAAGCUCGCUCCACGCACCGCGUGCACCGUAGGCUGGAACUCAAAAACCAAGUCGAGUCAAGUGAAGAAAAGAACAAGGGUAGAAGAAGAAGAAGGCGAAGUCGCGUGCCGUGAACCCUCUGCGCUGGGCCCAGACAUCAAGCAAGGCAGCUAGCAUUCUCGACCGCCCGCCGCACCCCCG